UGCCAUUACAGUGAGUCAUCAUCCAGCACAGGGGGCAAAAAAUAUCACCAACACAGCAGAAGGCAGAGCUCUGAGUCAUUUUUAGGGACGAAACUGAAGGACCGAAGCGCGCCAGCACUGAGUUCAUUACAGAAAGUAGGUGCACAAGAGACAUUUUCAGUUUUUUUUUUUUUUUAAAUCAGCAACUUCAGCAGCCCUGUUAUUACUCUCACUGGACUAAAUGAACACAAUUAGAGGCAAAAACAGUCAUUUUAAUUGACUAGGAUCUGGAUGCUGCUUUAUAAGAAUUUGGAUUAUUUAUAACUUUUAAUUAUUGUUUUUUUAUAUUUUUUUAUUUUAAGAUAAAGGCUUGGAAGUGCUUUUUUUUCCCAAAAAAAAAAAAAAAAAAAAGAAGACGCAGACUCGGUGUCGGAACUUUACUCUGAACCUGUGAAACUUUUUGCUCUUUAAAAAAAGAAAGAAAGAAAAAAAAAUAUUUUUAUUAUAUUAUAUAUAUAUUUUUGUCCCUCUGGAUAAUGUACCAGGAGUACUGCGGCGGCGGCGGCGGCGGCAGCGGCGCGUCCCCGGUGAGAUUGGACUCGUUCACGAGCGGAACAGGCAUCAGUCCGAUCUCCGGAUACCAGAAGUACAGAGUCGACAUGCCUGGCUCUAGUAGUGCCUUUAUUCCAACCAUUAAUGCCAUAACCACCAGCCAGGACCUGCAGUGGAUGGUCCAGCCCACAGUCAUCACCUCAAUGUCUAACCCAUACUCACGCUCUCACCCGUACGGCCUCUCGGUUCCCAGCGGGCCCAGCCUUCUCGGCCACACAGCUCUCACUCGCCCGGGGGUCAUCCGGUCCAUCGGCGAUGCUCGAGGACGACGUAAGAGAGAUGAACAGUUGACACCAGAGGAAGAGGAGAAAAGGCGAGUGAGGCGAGAAAGGAACAAGCUGGCCGCUGCUAAGUGCCGUAACCGUAGGCGAGAGCUAACCGAAAUGCUGCAAGGGGAAACUGAGAAGUUGGAGGAGGAAAAGGCCGAUUUGCAGAAAGAGAUUGAGACGCUCCAGAAGGAGAAAGACAAGCUGGAGUUUAUGCUCGUGGCCCACAACCCCAUGUGUAAACUUCCUCCAGAAGAGCGUCACCAGAGCUCCCUACCUGAGCAGUGUGCUCCUCUGCCUCUAACCACCAUGCGUCCUAACCUAACCCGGUCUGUGCUUAACAGCCACAAUCCAAUCGUAGUGAAGCAGGAGCCCAUGGAGGACGACUCGGAGGAGGACCGGGUCAAGAGUCAGCACUCGGUAAUCAAACCCAUCUGCCUGGGUAGUGGGAUGUACUGCUCGGACGGAGACAGCCUCAACACUCCUGUGGUUGCUGCUUCCACUCCGGUGUCCACCCCCAGCAACCCGAGCCUCAUCUUCACUUACCCCAACAUGCUGGAGCCCGAAAGCCCAUCGCCCUCCUCCGAGUCGUGCUCCAAAGCCCACAGGCGCAGCAGUAGCAGCGGAGAUCAAUCCUCAGACUCGCUCAACUCGCCCACCCUGCUGGCUCUCUGAGAAUCACAGCUCAGCACUCGUUCUUAAGCCCUUUCAGCUCAGCACUCUUAACCAACGAGUCCCCUGUACGGGACGGACCCAGAACCUCAUCUCUACGGAGCCGAGAACUCUAAAGGGCUACCUUGCUCGUUUUAUUUAAACAUCUCAAAAGGGAAAUGUCUUGUUUCGUUUAAAUGUUUUGUUACUUAUUUUUGCCCACAAGCCAUUUCAGCGACAAAGAACAACCUGGACCAGAGAAAAAAACAACAAAAAACAGCAGCUUGAGAAUCAAAUGGUGAGAAACAAAAGAGUUGUGAGAAAUCCAGCCACAGAAUUCCGAAUCGUUUGACAACAAACCGGACAAACCUCCUGUUUUACGGUAAAAAAAAGGAUCGAGGAGACGUGUGAAGUCACAUCGCCGUUCAGCACACAGUUUGGGAUCGGACACUACAGAAUCGAGCACAUGUCUUCAAAACCAGCGUGACAUUUCCAUGAUAUGUCUUUUUGUAUUUAUGACCUGUGUUUAUAUUGUCCAGUUGUAUAUUGUGUCCUGCUGAAUUCCUCAGUGUCUGACAAAAAAAAAAAAAAAAAAGAAAAGAAACAAACAAACAAACAAACAUGUAUUAUUAAAGGCUGACCUCUUCAACUCUAUCUCUACCUGGCAUGUUGCAAACCUUUACAAUAUUCUAUGUAUAAUCACACACACACACACACACUUUGCUAUAGUUAAUGUCAGGGAUAAUUUUUUUGUCUGUGUGAGCGAGUCACACAAGCAUUAAUGAAAGCAAUCAAAGUCAAAACACAGGAGUGUGUACCUGAGGACAAACUCUAGCCAUAUUCGGUUCAGCCUCUAACCCUUUACACGGCAAUACUGCUUUUUAUUGGGGCAGACACUGUGGUAUUAAAAUGGAAAUGAUGACUAUGUAUUUUAUAGUGUACUUUUAUGGCUUGAUCAAUAAAAUGUCUUUCUGUG